AGAGAGAGAGAGAGAGAGAGAGAGAGAGAGGUUGGUGUUUAAACUCAACCGUUGACGACCGUUGUAUUUUAAACUCCGCAGUUUCUCAGCAGCAGAGAAACAGCGCACGCCUCCUCCUCCUUCAUCCUCCUCCUCUUUCUUUAUCUUUUCCUCCUCCUCCUCCUCCUCCUCCUCCUCUUCUUCAUCCUCCACGGGUCCUCGGUCCUCUCCAUGCCGGCGGAGGUCUCCGCGGGGCUGCCAUGGCGAAGAUCCGGGUGUCGUACGAGUACUCCGAAGCCGAGGACAAGAGCAUCAGGCUGGGGUUGUUCCUGAUCGCCUGCGGCAUCCUCAGCCUCUUCAUCCUGGGCUUCUGCUGGCUCAGCCCGACCCUGCAGAGCCUGCAGAGCAAGCCGGCCAACUGCACGGUGGUGUCGGUGUUGCGUCCCGAGGAGAUGUUCGAGUGUGUGUUUACGUGCGGUACCGACUGUAAGGGGACGUCUCUUUAUCCCUGCCUGCAGAUCUUCGUCAACAACUCGGAGUCAAACUCGGUGGCUCUGCUGCACUUUGAUGAGCAACAGCUGGUCCUCAACCCAAAGUGUUCGUACGUCCCUCCCUGUGAGAGGGACAACCAGAAGAACAAAGACAGCGUCCUGUGGUGGGAGGAUUACUUCACCAAAGAGGUCAGCAGCCAGUCCUUCACGUGCUUCUUCAACCAGCAGAGGAGGCCAGACGAUGUGUUGUGGCGCCGUUCCCACGACACCAGCGUCCUGCUGCACUGCGUCCUCUGGCCAAUGGUGUCGCUGCUCCUGGGCACGCUCAUUGUGCUCCUGACGGUGUGCGCGCGCUCCCUGGCCGUUCGAGCCGAGGCUCUCCAGAAGAGGAAAUGCUCCUACGAAGUGUGCCAAGACCUGUCCGCCGCGGGGCCCUCGGCUCGCCGCGGCAACAAGGUCGACGACCCUCUCACGACGAACUCUGACCUGGAGAUGUCGUCGCCGACACGGACCCUGCCGCUGUUUGCGGUGCCAGUGCGACGCCGCGACCGAGAACAUUAGGACGAAACAGAAAGCUGUUCGUGGAAUUGAAUCCGGAUGCUUACGAGCCGGUGGGCGAAAUCGAAUAAACUGGCUGAAGACGCCACCAACAACCCAACGCUCUCUGGCGUGGUUUGUAUCAUCGGAAGUUUUAAAACCAGGAGCGAUUAGGAGAAGAGGAUGAUGGGAAACCCACCCUGUUGCCUAUAGAUUUCAGCAGAAACAUCAGCACCUUUUCCCUGGUUUCAACUAAAGAUGUUCCGAUACGAUUUUCCCGAGCCUGAUACUUGAACUUGCGUAUCGCCCAAUACUGAGUACCGAAAUGGUACCGGUGUGUU